AAAGCAAGAAUUGUGAUGGGACUUGUGUGCAAAAUUUAGCUGCAACUAUAUAACCGCAAAAUCCAGUAACACUGGCUCCUAUUUAUCCACAACUCUCGUUUCUGUAUAAAAUGGAGCGAGUAAGCUAACUGCUUGUAUCUAUCAUUUGUAUCUAUAUAUAUCUUUCCGUUAAUUUGAGAAUUCAAUCAUGGCUUCUCAGAUGUCCUCGUACAAGGUUAUGUCAAUGAGAAGUUUCUCUUCUUUCCGGAACGAAACUUCGGUUUUUAUAAUUAACUCCCGCAGAAGCUCUUCAGCAAAUUUUUUAGCUUUCCUAAAUAUGACAUAUUAUUCAACGAAUUCUGGCAAUGACUAUCAUCCUUCAUCAAAGAGGAGAUCUCGUGGACCUGUAAUGGCAGCCAAAAAGGCAUCCAAAGGGGAAAAGCUGGAAGAUGGAAAGUACAAGCACACAGUUGACCUGCCUAAGACAAAGUUUGGCAUGAGGGCCAACUCUACAACGAGGGAGCCUGAAAUUCAAAAAUUAUGGGAAGAGAAUCAGGUGUUUAAAAGACUUUCUGACAGGAAUAAUGGGGGGAGUUUUGUACUUCAUGAUGGUCCUCCUUAUGCCAAUGGUGAUUUGCACAUGGGUCAUGCCUUAAAUAAGAUUUUAAAGGAUAUGAUUAAUCGUUAUAAGCUUCUUCAGAACUUUAAGGUUCAUUAUGUGCCUGGUUGGGAUUGCCACGGACUACCAAUCGAAUUAAAAGUGCUGCAGUCACUGGACCAAGAAGCUAGAAAGGCACUGACACCAUUGAAGUUGAGAGCGAAGGCCGCUAAGUUUGCUAAAACAACUGUGAAGGCACAGAUGUCAUCAUUUAAGAGAUAUGGAGUAUGGGCAGACUGGGAUCAUCCUUACCUAACACUUGACCCAGAAUAUGAAGCUGCUCAGAUUGAAGUCUUUGGCGAGAUGGUCUUUCAAGGGUAUAUAUUUAGAGGCAGAAAGCCAGUCCACUGGAGUCCUUCUUCAAGAACUGCUCUUGCAGAGGCCGAGUUGGAGUAUCCCGAGGGACACAUUUCAAAGAGCAUGUAUUCGAAUUUUAAAGUACUCAGUGCUCCAAAUUCAGGCAGAUUGCUCGAACUUUUUCCCAAUUUGUUUUUGGCUAUUUGGACCACAACACCCUGGACUAUCCCGGCCAAUGCUGCUGUCGCAGUCAAUGCUAAACUAAAAUAUGCUGUUGUCGAAAUGCAUAGACCCUUGGCAGAUGUUUCUACAUCUUCUGCAGACGGAAAGAAGAGGGUUGGGAAUUUCUUAAAAGAGCAGGAGAACUCCUUUCUUAUAGUAGCAGAGGACCUUGUGUCAACACUGGAAGCAAAAUGGGGAGUGGAACUUGUUAUCAAAAAACUAUUAUUGGGAUCAGAUCUUGAAAAUUGCAGGUAUCAUCACCCAAUAGAAAACAGAGAAUGCCCUGUUGUCAUUGGUGGAGAUUACAUUACAACCGAGUCAGGAACUGGGCUUGUCCACACAGCCCCUGGUCAUGGACAGGAAGAUUACGUGACAGGAUUAAAAUACGGUCUUCCUGUUAUUUCUCCUGUAGAUGAUGAUGGAAAGUUUACGGAAGAAGCAGGGAAUUUUAUUGGUUUAGAUGUACUUGGGGAUGGUAAUGCCGCUGUUAUUGAAUACCUUGAUAAACAGUCAUCGAUUAUCAUGGUAGAGCCAUAUAGGCACAAAUAUCCAUAUGAUUGGCGAACUAAAAAGCCUACUAUAUUUAGGGCGACUGAACAGUGGUUUGCUUCUGUAGAAGGAUUCAGAAAAGCUGCCAUGGAUGCAAUAAGCCAAGUAAAAUGGACUCCAUCUCAGGCGGAGAAUAGAAUAUCUGCGAUGGCUUCUGGCCGCUCUGACUGGUGUAUAUCAAGGCAAAGGACAUGGGGUGUUCCGAUUCCAGUCUUCUAUCAUGUUGAAACAAAGGAACCGCUAAUGAAUGCAGAGACUAUUAGUCACAUUAAGUCUAUAAUAUCCCAAAAGGGCAGUGAUGCAUGGUGGUACAUGUCAGUGGAGGAACUGCUUCCUGAUAAAUACCGUGGUAAUGCAUCAGAGUAUGAGAAAGGGACCGAUACAAUGGAUGUUUGGUUUGACUCAGGUUCUUCUUGGGCUGCUGUGUUAAAUAAAAGAGAGGGACUAGGUUAUCCUGCAGAUCUUUAUCUCGAAGGUACUGAUCAGCAUCGUGGGUGGUUUCAGAGCUCAUUGUUGACAAGUGUUGCUACUAAAGGAAAGGCUCCCUAUAAUGGUGUUAUCACCCAUGGAUUUGUAUUGGAUGAGAGAGGGUUGAAAAUGAGUAAAUCUUUGGGAAAUGUUGUCGACCCAAUUACUGUGAUUGAGGGAGGAAAGAAUUCGGGGGAAGCACCUUCCUAUGGAGCUGAUGUGCUGAGACUUUGGGUAUCAAGUGUAGACUAUACUGGUGAUGUGAUGAUUGGACCUCAAGUACUACGUCAGAUGUCUGACAUAUAUAGAAAGCUGAGAGGAACUUUGCGCUUUCUUUUGGCGAAUUUACAUGAUUGGGAAACUGAUUAUGCUGUUCCGUAUUGUGAUCUCCCUGCAAUAGAUCAGCAUGCUUUAUUUCAGCUGGAAAACAUUGUGAAGAACAUUAAAGAGAGUUACGAAAAUUACCAAUUUUUCAAAAUAUUUCAGACCAUCCAGCGGUUUGUGAUUGUUGAUCUCUCAAAUUUCUACUUUGAUGUUGCUAAAGAUCGACUUUAUGUUGGGGGCACUGCAAGUUUCACAAGGAGAAGUUGUCAGACAGUCCUUUCAGAGCAUCUACUUUCCAUUGCAAGGGUGAUUGCUCCAAUACUGCCUCAUUUGGCUGAGGAUGUCUGGCAACACCUUCCUUUUCAAUAUGCUACCAAAGAUGGUGACAUCGCCAAAUUUGUUUUCGAGUCGAGAUGGCCAGACCUAAAUGAUACAUGGCUUGGCUUUCCUGUGAAAGAAGUUGAAUUUUGGGGGAAAAUUCUAGAGCUGAGGACUGAGGUGAACAGAACCCUGGAAGCUGCUCGUACUGGAAAGUUGAUUGGAUCUAGUUUAGAAGCAAAGGUCUAUCUUCAUGCAUCUGAUGAAAGUCUGGCUGUGAAAUUGAAUGAAAUGUGUGAAAAUAAGAAUGAUGCAGACACACUGUACCGCAUAUUCAUUACAUCUCAGGUAGAGAUCCUUUCAUCUUUGGACAAUGCACCGAUGGAGAAUAUCCCCUACACCGGAGAGUAUCUAACAGAAGGAGAUAACAAGAUCUGGAUUGGUGUCUCACGUGCCGAGGGAUUAAAAUGUGAAAGAUGCUGGAAUUUCUCAUCUCAAGUUGGUUCUUUUGCCGAACACCCAACACUUUGCAGCAGAUGUUUCAGUGCUAUUGAUGGUCAAUUAACACCUACUUUAGCAGCAGCGGUCUGAACUUCCAAAAGAAAAAAAGGUUCCGUCAAAGCUAAAAUUAGUUCACAAGAAGGGGAAGUGUUGGG